GGAGAACACCGCCAUGGCUCUGUCCACUCUUCACCUCACUGCGCUUUGCUUUGCGCUUCUGCUGUGUCUGAUUGGUGGAGCACAGACUGAGGUUCCGCCCAGUUGCUUGGCCUCGGCUGGUGUCCCUGGCAACCCUGGACACAAUGGGCUCCCAGGCAGAGAUGGCAGGGAUGGAAAAGAUGGGAGAGAAGGAGUUUCAGGACCCAAGGGGGACAGAGGAGACCCAGGGCUGCCAGUCCCAGGACCUCCGGGUAAGAUGGGUCCUGCUGGGCCAGCUGGUCCUAUGGGGCAGAAGGGGGAAGUUGGGAUGCCAGGGCCUCUGAAAACAGAUGCUAGAAUUGAGUCCUUACAGCCAGAUGUUCAGACUAUGAGAUCCAGAUUGUCUAUUAUAGAAAAGGCUAUAGGACUACACAUCCUCAGAGUAGGAAUGAAAUACUAUGUUACAAAUAAAUUGCAAGACAAUUUUGAUGUUGGUCUGAAGUCCUGUGAAGAUUCCGGAGGAGAUCUUGUGUUGCCCAAAAAUGAAGAGGAGAACAAGGCUGUUGCGAAGAUGGUAUCAAUAUCAGGGGGACCCAUAUGGAUCAGGACAACAGACAGGGACACUGAAGGGACCUUCCUGGACACAGAUAACAGCACACUGAGCUUCACAAAAUGGGCACCAGGGGAGCCCAGUAAUGGUGAAAAUACUGAGCACUGUACCAAUGUCUAUGAUGACACAGGCCUCUGGAAUGAUGUGACCUGCAAUACCAAAUAUUACAUAGUAUGUGAAAUAGUAGACUAAGGAGUUUUUUAUUCAUCCAGUUGUUUUAUUG